AUGGCGUCGGCGAAAAAACGAGUGGAAAUGGCGAUGGCAUCGAAAGCGAAACUACAAACAACAACGAUGACGAGCACUCCGCACGUGCAAAUUAACACGCACGUCGAUGAUCCGCAGAAGUCGCUGGAGGAGCUCUUCACGGAAGGAAUGCGCACACACGGAAAGCACUUUGAACGGAAGAAGCCAAGUGUGCCGGCAUCAUUUAAUCAGCGACCGGUGUCAUCAUUGAAACCACAUGUUUCUUCCACAGAAGGAUCAAGCGAUGAUGGACUUGGCUCUAGUGGUCGACAAACUUUAAGUCCAAGUUCAGUCUCAUCCACACAGCUUAAUACAUCUUAUCAAGGACCUUAUCAUCCCAGACAAAGUUCUGCACCUGCACUAAUCAAUUACGAAGAUAAUAUUGAGCAUCACUCCAGUCGCUUGGCAUCUAGUAUAACACAUGUACCUUCCAAGUCGUUAAGUGUCAUGGCGGUAUCUAAUGUUGGUGAGCAGUACCAAGCUGCAUCUCAUCGAGCUGCCAAAAGUUGUGACUUAGAUUGCGAGCCUAGCAAACACUUCGAGCCAAAUUACACUCCGCAAGGACAGCCUUACUUUAUCGAUAAUGCAACCGAAGUUACUUACUGGAGUGAGCCACGGGCCAAAAGUCAAUCAUUGGAUCCAAUGGCUUUGGUUGCCAGCGAGAGUCCAAUGAUGGAACGACAACAACAACAACAACAACAACAACAGCAGCAACAAUCUAUUUUACAGCCUACGGCACCUGUGUCGCAGACUGAAUUGGAUGAUGGAUUAGGACCUUUACCGGAUGGAUGGGCAAAACGUUAUGAUCAGAACGGUGAAGUGUACUUUGUAGAUCACAACAGUCGUGAAACAACCUGGUAUGACCCCAGAAUACCACCACAAUUGCAAGAAGAACGUAUAUGGCAAAGGCAUGGAUGUACAAGGCAGAAUACAGGCCAAAUUAGGAGAAAUGUUUAUGAAGUGUCGCAGGAUGAUUCAUCGGUUCGAAGACAACAACUACAGAUGGAACGGCGUGGUAUGCAAGAACGUCAACAGCAGCUUUACAGACAGGGCUGGAUUGGGCCACCAUGGCAGACCGCUCAGCAGCAGCCGCAGCCGCAGCAGCAGCAGGUUCCAGUACCUUCUAUGGUACAGCAACAACCUGAAAUCCCUGCGGUAUCUGGUUACAACGAGUAUUACGUUUCCGGUCAAACAGUUGGCAAUGAUUUUCUUGGAAGAACUCCGUACUAUGCACAUAAUAGGAAUGUAUCGAAUGAUUCAGCUGUAGACAAUACGAUGGAAAUCGAUUACGUAAGCGUAGGUACCGUAAGUAUGGUUCCGUUACAAAGUGCUCAUGAAAUUGAUCCCAAUCUUGUGAGAGAAUUAAAUGCACAAGAUUUGAAUCCACGUGAUUUCGACCAGUAUCUUCAGCUAAAUGAUAACCGUUCAUCAGCAGCUGUUGCUAAGCCAUACAUGUGA